GCCACAGCCUGCAGCGUUUCAGACGCGAGGAUUAUCCAACGCACCAGUGUCACAACUUUUUCACUGUUACGGUGUAAAAGCUUAAGCUCAUUUGCAUUUGCAUUUGCAUUGACUUGCUGCUUUCAGUUUCACUUACCAAUUACAGGUAGUUGAUUGGAAUCAAGAUGCAGCCUCAGAGGUUGAAGAAAGCAAUAAUUGACAACCCUAAGAAGCUUGGGAAUUUGAUUGACCUUGUGAAUCUUCCAUCUACUCUACGUGACUUCCUUGGUCAGUCCCAGAGUUCUCGUCUGGGUUGUUUCAUGCGUGUCUGGUCGUACAUCAAGACCAACAAUCUUCAGGAUCCUAAGAACAAGAAUGUGGUGAACUGUGAUGAAAAGCUGAAGAGCAUUUUGCUUGGGAAGCCGCGAGUGGAGCUAGUCGAUCUUCCUUCUCUUAUCAAGUUGCAUUUCACCACCAAAGCACCCAACUCGAAUUCUCAAGAAAAAAGAAUGCCAUCCAUCUUUAAGUAUUGAAGUACAUUGAUAUACAUUUGGUUUAUGUUUUGAAUCUUUGCCUAUGACAUCUUUAAGUAGUUACACAAAACAUAUAUU